UGUAAUCACACUAAGACAAAAAAAGUAGCACAAAUUCUCGAGCCUCUCAUCCAUCCAACGGUCAAGAUCUCACUUACCUUAUAAUCAAUCAACGGGUGAGAUUUCUUUUGGUUUAGCUCUCUCUCUCGAGGGCACGGACCACGAUGUCUUGCUUUCGGCCACUCAUGAAAGCAAACGAGAGGAAGAGGCUACCCUUUCAUCCGUCUACGUGGCCCCUGGGACCCAUUCUAACCACGACCACCUGACAAUGUGGGUCCCAUUGUAAGGCGGGAACCCUUUUUUAUUUGGCAGUAAGUAACGGAUUCGGUCAUGCUUUUUGUGAUGAGAGAGAGAGAGAUAGAGAGGAGAGAGGGUCACAGUCUAGCAGAUACUGUGUCUUGAAAAGAGACUUAUAGAGAGAGAGAGAGAGAGGUGUUGUGUCAUGUGUGUGUUAAGUUAACUGGGAUUAGUUGAGCUUGAAACAGUUUGGGGAUAGUUUUGUUUUGUUUUUGUUUCAGAUAUAGUAAAAAUUGUGAAAACUCUCUCAUUGGAGUUUGUUCUCUGCUUUUUUUUUUUUUUGGGGUUCUGAACUGAGUUUUGGGGCUUUAUUUUCAGACAUACUAUACCAAAGUUUGAUACUUUUGUGUCCCCCCCUUAUCAAGAAAAAUUAUGGGUGUUUUUUCUUUUAAUUAAGCUUGGCAAAAAGAGAGAAUUUUUAGAUAAAGAAUCUGUGAGUGAGCCAAUGAUAUAUUCUCUAAUUCAUCUUCUUUGUGAAGAUUUUGAGUUUUGAUUCCAAUUUUUGUCUUGUUGGUUUCUCAUUGGUUUUCUCGAGAAUAUAUGUGGUUUUUGGAAGAAGAGGAUAGGAGAGCGCUUCACUUCAGUACUGUAGAAUAAAAAAAGUACUUAAAAAACUUUUUCCGGUUUUUUAUGUAAAGCUUUGAACAGCUUCUUUCACCUUUCUGGGUUUUCUCAGAUUUGUUGUCUAAUCUUGAAAAAAAAGCUUUUUAUUCCUCAGCAAUGGAGCAGAGAAGAAGAAGAAGAAGAAGAAACGGAUAUAGCAACACUAUCACUCUGCUCUUACUCUUCUUCUUUUUAGUCUUCAAUUCAAGAACGACCACAAGCACAAACUGUCGCCGAAGAACUGUGAAACACUUAUCCACAACUUCAGCUUCGUCUACACUACUCGAGUCAAGAAUCACUUCCAAGGUCAUUGUUGUUAGCAUCGUCUCAGGGAUUUUAACCGGCUUGCUUUCAGCCUUGUUCUUAGCUUUCUUGGUCCGUUGCAUUGUCAAAUACAUGAGACAGACACCUAUUCUCAAAGGUCCUGUUGUUUUUUCCCCUAAAAUCACGCCUAAGUCUCUUCACGCUGCUCUUGGUAAUGGUAUUCAGUUGCUUGGUUCUGACCCUAAUGGUAAAUACUACAAGAUGGUGCUUGAUAAUGGUCUAGUGGUUGCUGUCAAGAGACUAGGCUCUCUUGAAGGAGUUGGUUCACCAGAAACUAGUAGUAGCAAGUCGGUUAAGAGAAGGUUGCAGAAGGAACUUGAGCUUCUUGCUGGGUUAAGACACAGGAACCUUAUGAGUUUAAGAGCUUAUGUCCGCGAUUCCGAUGAGUUCUCUCUCGUCUAUGAUUAUAUGCCGAAUGGUAGUCUUGAGGAUGUGAUGAAUAAGGUUAGAGCUAAGGAGGUAGAGCUUGGAUGGGAGAUUAGGCUUAGAGUUGCAGUUGGGAUUGUGAAAGGGCUUCAGUAUCUUCAUUUCAGUUGUGAGACACAGAUUCUUCAUUAUAACUUGAAACCUACAAAUGUGAUGUUGGAUUCUGAGUUUGAGCCUCGGCUUGCUGAUUGCGGAUUGGCCAAGAUCAUGCCUAGUUCACACACAUCAGUAUCUUGCUACUCUGCUCCUGAGUCUUCUCAAAGUAACAGAUACACAGACAAAAGCGACAUAUUCAGCUUCGGGAUGAUACUGGGAGUUCUAUUAACUGGAAGAGACCCGACCCAUCCUUUCUGUGAAGAGGCUGCAAGUGGAGGCACCUUAGGACAGUGGCUAAAACAUUUGCAGCAAUCCGGGGAAGCUCGAGAAGCCUUAGAUAAGAGUAUUCUUGGAGAGGAAGUGGAAGAAGAUGAGAUGUUAAUGGCUUUAAGAAUCACCAUUGUCUGCCUUUCUGACUUUCCGGCAGACAGGCCUUCAAGUGAUGAGCUUGUUCACAUGCUUACACAACUGCACAGCUUUUAGCCCAGUGUUCUUGUACCAUCAUAUCUGUGACACCAAUCUAAACAUCUGCAGUUACAUCAAUAUAUUUCUUUUUCUUUA